GAAGGGGGGGUGCCCCGGCCCCGCCCAACGCGCAGCGCCGCCCUGCGCCCCUCGGCCAAAAUGGCGGCAGCGGCCCUGACCCGGGAGGGCGGGGAGGACGCCUUCCGCCGGCUCUUUCGCUUCUACCGACAACGCGACGUGUCGGACUUGCGUGGGGUGGUGGAUUUCUCCGUACCGGGGGGCCAGGUGUUCAGAUCACAGCUCAGUAUCUCUUCAGUCAGUGAUCAAGAUGCCUACAGAGCAGGACUACAGCCAGUUAGCCAGUGGAAGGCCUAUGGCCUCAAUGGGUAUCCGGGGUUUAUUUUCAUACCAAACCCUUUCCUUCCGGGCUGCCAGCGGCACUGGGUGAAACAGUGUCUCAAGCUAUACCCCCAGAAACCCAACGUCUGCAACCUGGACCUGCACAUGGCUCCUGAGAAGACCAUUGACUUGUGGGGACAGAGCAAGGAGCAGCUGAAAAGGAAAGGUUCCGGUAAACGUGAGCCCAGAAGCUUAUUGGAGAAGCUGCGCUGGGUGACCCUUGGUUACCAUUAUAAUUGGGAUACUAAGAAGUACUCAGCAAAUCACCACACUCCUUUCCCCUCAGACCUUGCAUUUCUGUCGGAACAAGUGGCUGCAGCCUGUGGGUUCCGGGGUUUCCAAGCCCAAGCAGGGAUCUUGAACUACUAUCAUUUUGACUCUUCGCUGGGAAUUCACGUGGAUGAGUCUGAACUAGACCAUUCUCGGCCCCUUUUAUCAUUCAGUUUUGGGCAAUCCUCAAUAUUUUUGCUUGGGGGCCUGAAGCGGGAGGAGGCCCCAACAGCGAUGUUCAUGCACAGUGGAGAUAUCAUGGUGAUGUCUGGCUUCAGCCGUCUGCUGUACCAUGCUGUCCCCCGGGUCCUCCCCAACCCAGAAGGGACAGCUUUGCCUUCAUGCCUGGACCAAGCACUUCCUUCAGCCCUUCCUGCUGGCUCAGUCAUUGAGCAGAGCUCUGAGGAGGAUUGGCAGGUCUGUGCCAAGUACUUGCAGACUUCUCGCAUUAACAUGACUAUUCGGCAGGUGUUGGCUGAGGGUCAGACAUUUCCAGAGGAAUCUGGGACAAACGGAGAGGGCCAAACACCCUCUGAAGACAGUCACCAUCAGGAGAACAGCAGAGCCAAGAGACAUAAAGCAAGUACAGACAGCUGAGACCAGAACACGCUGAUGUGGACUGGACAGGCAACCUCCGUAUGGAAUUGGGAACGAAUGUAAUCAUGCUAGAAGUCACUUGUCCAUAUUGGGACUAAUAAACUUCUGCAGAAUAAAUGUUGUCCUUAUUGCUGUAAGAAAUAGGUUGGGGGAGAAAAAGAAUUUCAGUGGAAAAGGAAGAUAAGUUUGGUUCUGGGACUCAGGAGAUGAACUCUAUUGCUGUUUUCUUGCAGAUGUUUUCUGAACUUGGUUAUCUUUAAAGUACCUUUGUCAGAGGAUUUCAAGCGUGGUUCAGUGAUGCUCAUGAAGUAUUUUGCAAUCAUUGGGCAGAAAGUACUAGCAAAAGAUACAUAAUUGCUGUGUGUUAAAGAAUCCUCUGGGGCUUGUAACAAGUAUGAGAAUAGGCUGCUGUGGGUGAGACCUUCCUGCAGCAUUUCCAAGAGAAUUACCUCUACAGCAAAAGUUGGUUCAUUGAUCGGAAACCAGCAGCUCCCUCAAGCUGUAAACCUUCUGUAGUCCUGUGCUCUCCUUUUGCCUGCUUGCACCCCCUCAGCUGCAGCAGAAGCUGCUCUUAUGAGCAGAACUGGGCUCUUUUUAUUUUUGCACACCUCAGAUUUUUGAAAGAAACAAUUGGGGGCAAUAUCUAUUGAGAGUAUCUCAUAGCUCCCAGCUGGGUUUCCUCCCAACAGUAAGUGUGUGACUGAGCCCUACAUCCCCAUUCUUUCAAAACUGCCUCCCCCUUAAGUGCCUACAGAUUAUGGUCCUCCAGUCCCAAGCUACCAUCUUUAAGGAGCAGAAUGACUUGCAAGUAGAACCAAUGAAGUUGUAAAUUAAGUACCUAAAAAAUUAAUCAGUGACUAUCUCUGUCACACAAAGAUAAAUGUAUUGAAACAAAGAAAAGCACUAGCUUUUGUGCCAGUUCUCUUUAAGACUCAAACCUUCCUAUCUGCUUUGUAAUGCAAUUUUAAUUGUUGGAGUGGAAUGCGCUGUCCCUGGGGUAUUUUGUUGCACUUUCCCAAUGAAUAAACUUACUCAGUUUUUAAAUUAAAGAUCUCUAUCAGUUUUGA